AUGUCCUGCCAGCCCUUCACCGCGGUUCCCCAACCACCCACCACACUCCCCUCCUGCGCGGUACCUGUCGGUGGCUCCAAUUCCUCAAUCCUAGACGCAUGCUGUAAUGGCCACAUCAACGCCAUCGCCACAUACUCCGCUCCCGACACAACCACAUCAUCACCUUCAACAUCGUCAACACCGGUCAUUGUCAAUUCCGAAGACAACGACGGCUGCUUCCAGUACUGCAUCACCGACUCUCCAGAUAUCGUCCAGAGUUGCUUGGCACAGAAAAUGGAGGAAUACGAGAAGGACAGUGCGAGUGGUAUGGGUAUUUUUGGCUGCUUCAAUACAGAUAAGGCAGUUGGUGCGAAAAGGAACGAUGACGAGGCAGGAUAUGCUAGUGCCGGCAUGAGGAUUAGUGGAGGAUUUUGCAAGUCGCUCAACCGGAAGCCCAAGAUGCCAGUGCUAGAUCCACCAAAGUUCGUCAAUUAUCGUCAACAAAGGUUUGUGCAUCCGACGCCUCGCCCACCGCCGACAUCUAGCACUGUACGAAACCUAGAAGCCAAAGCAGAACGAGAGGAAUCUGGAGGCUCGUCCGUUGGAGUUCCUGAGCGAAAAGAUAGCGUGGUGUCACCAUUAACACGUGAUUUCCCAGACUCUGAGCUUUUGGGGCCUUCUUUUGUAACCAAGUUGCAUGUUGCUUUGCAGCCAUUCAAACACAACCCGAACCACUCGAACAGCUUGAGCUUGUUAGAAGCUGGGUUGUGCGAGGACGCACCUGCCAGAAAGCCCGUCUGGCGUCGCUUAUCUCACGAUGUUCUGAAGCAAGCUUUCGAUAAGAUGGCUUCAGAACAGAAGGUAGCAGAGAACAAGCUUUGGGGAGGCCGUUUCACAGAGGGCCUUGACCCAGUCAUGGAGCAGUACAAUGCUUCCCUACCGUACGACCGUCUGUUCUACGCCGAGGAUAUUGCCGGUUCAAUCGCGUUUGCUCGCGCCAACAAGAACACUGGCAUCCUGACCGCCGAUGAGUUCGCUGCCAUCGAGAAGGGCUUGGCACAGAUCAAGGAGGAGUGGGCGUCAAAGACCUUCGAGGUUAAGGCCAAUGAUGAAGACAUUCACACCGCCAACGAGCGACGACUCAGCGAGAUUAUUGGCAAGGACAUUGGAGGAAAGCUCCACACAGGGCGUAGCAGGAACGACCAAGUCGCAACAGAUCUACGGUUAUGGCUGAGGGAACAGCUCAAGACACUAGAAGGCUACCUGAAGCUUCUCAUAAAGACAUCAGUACAGCGAGCAGAGGCUGAGAUCGAUGUGCUGAUGCCCGGCUACACACAUCUCCAGAAGGCACAACCAAUCCGAUGGUCGCAUUGGAUCCUCUCACAUACCACCGCUUUCGCGUCCGAACUCGAGCGCCUCCGCGAAGUCAUAAAGCGUGUGAACCGUUCUCCUCUGGGAUGUGGUGCGCUGGCUGGCAACCCUUUCGGCAUCGACCGUCAUGCUAUGGCCAAGGAGCUUGGAUUUGAAGGCCUGCUUCCAAACUCCCUCAAUGCUGUCGGAGAUCGCGAUUUCGUCUUCGAGACAAUGCAAUGGGGGUCAAGCCUCAUGCUUAAGAUGUCGCGCUGGGCGGAGGAUCUGAUCAUCUACUCGAGUCUGGAGUUUGGCUUUGUGCGACUAGCCGACGCCUACUCCACGGGAAGCUCCCUGAUGCCGCAGAAGAAGAACGCAGACUCCCUGGAACUGAUCCGGGGAAAGAGCGGCCGUGCUUUCGGACACAUGGCAGGAUUGUAUGUCACCAUCAAGGGCCUACCCACAACUUACAACAAGGACUUGCAAGAGUCUGUUGAGCCUCUCAUCGACCACAUCAAGACGGUCAGCGACUCCAUUCAGAUCGCCACCGGUGUCCUAUCAACCCUGACGGUCCAAGCCGACAAAAUGCAUGCCGCGCUCACCCCAGAGAUGCUGGCUACAGAGUUCGCAGACUACCUUGUCCGAAAGGGUGUACCAUUCCGUGAGGGUCACCAUAUCUCUGGUCGUGUCGUCGCCUUGGCAGAGAAGGAGAAUGUACCCAUGGACAAGCUGAGCUUGGAGCAGCUCAAGGGCAUCGACUCGCGAUUGGGCGACGAUGUGGUUGAGUGCUUAGACUAUGAGCGUGCAGUAGAGCUGAAGAACGCUACUGGUGGUACAAAGUCUUCAACUAAAUCAAACUACACUUUUUCGUUUGUACGAGACCUGAAAACCACGUCUGUCACCCACAAAAUGCAGCCAGACCCACAUAGCACCGACGUCGUCGCCAACAUCAACUACUUCCCUGCCACAGGCGUGCCAAUCCCCAAAUCAGCAUGGAAAACGAAACAUCUAGAUGACAACGAUGAAUACACUCGACCUAUGCUGAUCAGAGAUGUACGCAAGGCCGAUAAGACCUUCGACUUGGAUGUAAACGGCUUCACGUUCGUGACAUUACCACGCAAAGAGAGAGUAGGACGUAACAGCAGCGAAGAAGAUGUCAAGCGAGAAUACUACCCUGAGCUAGAAGAAGUAGCCAAGAAAUUAACCGGCGCAUCAACAGCCCACGUAUUCAACCAUGUCAUCCGUGCCCACUCUUCCCCCACAGAAAAAGGCAUUCAAGAUGCCCAAGGCCGCUGGCAAGACAUCCCCUCGGGCCACCCACACGUCGACUACGAAGGCUCCCCCGACGCCCUAUCAGGUACUCUCAUGGAGCUCUCCUUCCCACCUCACAUCGAUACCCUCUUCACCAAAUCCUCCCGGUUUUGUUUCCUCGGCGCCUGGCGCCCCUUGAAAACAGUGAAAAAGGAUCCCUUGGCCGUGUGCGAUGCGACCACCGUUCCAGACAGCGACUAUCAGGUCAGACUAAGGGAGUUUAGUCGCACGGGGAAUAAGAGUAAGAAUUAUGUUAUGAGUCAUGGAGACAGUAGACAGAAGCAUGAGUGGUGGUAUAUGAGUAACAUGCAGCCGUGGGAAAUGGUCGUGUUCAAGGGGUUGGACUCGAAGAGGGAGGAGCUGGGAUGGAGGUGUCCACAUACGGCGUUCAGAGUCAAGGGGACUGAGGGAGAGGAACCGAGGGAAAGUAUCGAAGCGCGAAUUUAUCUUACUGCGAGAGCACCAUCGAUUCAUCACCCAGAUGCCUCAGCGUCGACGCAACCUACUGAAAGUUCGUCGAUAGCCCACGACAAGCUGCGUCUGGUCGAGGCAUAA